AUGCAUUUUUAUACUCCAGAAAGGUUUUGUGGAGCAUUUGAGUUAGCCUUAAGGGGUCAUGAUGAAAAGGAAAAUUCGGAAAACAGAGGCAUAUUUAAGGAGCUGGUGAAUUUUAGCGCCGAAUUAGACAACGAAUUGAAAGUCCAUAUUCAAAGUGCCAAACUUUUUAAGGGUACCUCAAAAACAACUCAAAACGAGCUUCUUGAGUGCAUGCUAGAUGUUUAUCAUGAAGAAGUUAACAAGGAGAUUGCAAAUUCUCCUUUUGUUGCAGUAAUUGCCGAUGAAACGACGGACGUAGCCUGUGAAUUUCAAUAUUUGUGUAAAGGACAACCAGUUGAGAGAUUUUGGAGAUUUUACGUCCCCGACGGACACGAUGCCAAAUCAAUCGCUGCAUGCGUUUUAAAUGUUGUAAAUCCAUUACUAGAUCAAAAUCCAAACAAAUUAAUAGCUCAAAGCUAUGAUGGUGCGUUUGUUAUAAGUGACAAAAACAGGCUUAAAACUGAGUUACAAGUAUUAUAUCAGAGAGAAGAAUUGAGUACUACUUCUGGAGCUGUACCACUAUCCAUUUUAUUGAACGAGGAAGGAUUAAAUUGUACGUUUCAAGAAACUCUUAAGCUCUUAAGUAUUUUAAUCACUAUACCAAUGUCAACAUCUGAAGCAGAACGCUCUUUUUCAAUGCUGAAACGGAUUAAAACUUUCCUCAGAAACACAAUGAAGGAAGAAAGGCUUAGUGCUUUAGGAAUGCUGUCUGCAGAAAAACAUUUUGUUAGUGGCAUUGAAAAUUUUAAUAAUAAGGUAAUCGAAAACUUUGGUACCAAAAAAGAAAGAAGAAUGGACUUCAUAUAUAGAAAACUUUGA